UGACGGGUCCCCAGCCCCCAUUUCUAUCUUCUGGUGUGGUGGAUGUAAGAGAAUGUCAAGUAAGUUCACAGCUUUGGUGUAAAACCCCUUCAUAUGCUGUAAUCAUCUUCCAGGAAGCACCUGUCAUUAACAAACAUAUGGUGCUAAAUUCACUUCUCGUUUUUAUCCUUUGAAGUACUACUGAAAUCAACCAGAUGAGCAGCAGCCAACGUUUAAAAUCAUGCACAGAUAAGACAAAAUAAAUUAGAAUGUAGUUGAAGGCAGCUUCAAUUCUCUGAUUGAGUUCGGCAGGCAUAAAGCUGAACUUUUCUGAGGUCAGGGGGUUUUAGGUUAACCUGAAAACUUAAAUCUCUUUCAGGUUGGAGACUUUUAGGCUUUAGUCUUGUUUUGCGUGUGGCACCAGCAGGUGUGAGCCUUUUUUCUGAAAAUGUGUGAGAAGUUCAAGUUUCACCAUCUGCAGCUGCCUAUUUAUAACAGCCCAAAGUCCCCUUUAAAAAAUAAAGAGAAGAUUCAGUACAAUUUAAAGGAAUGUACUUCCAAGCAGGAGCUACAGGAGCUGUGUCGAGGAUCCACCUACAGAUCAGUCCUCCAUGAGUUGCUCAGUUUCCCCAAUAAACACUUACUCCUCUGUCUAAGAUGACUCACACAGAUAUGAUACAGAUGUCAUCUUCUCAGAAAAAGGCAUUUGACAUUUACAGGACAAAUGAUUAAUUUUUACUGUCAAAUCAUUCAAUCUUUGUUGUUGGAUUAAGACAAGUUGGAUUAACAGCAAGUAAUCAGCACUGAUUUCAACACUUUGAUUGUUUAAAUAAGAACCGUUAAUAUUGUCUGGGAACUAUAAUUGUUUUUACAAAAGGAGCAAAAGCAUUAAAUGAAGGAGCCACUGUACACUCAGACUUUGAGGAUAAAUUUUAAACAACGCAUGAAAAGAGUGGUUGGCCAAUAUUAACACAAUCUAACCAUCUGCCUGUGACACUCUUUGACAGGUGGAGUCAUGACAGGGGUCAUGUAACUUGGAUGGUGUUGCAGUUAAAUUAUGCUGUAAGCCUGGUUGUAUCGCUCCUCUCCAAGGCGGGCAGCCACUCCCACAUCGCUUUAGUCUGCCCUACUCUGGCUUUCACGCUGCAGACUGGGCACUCUCUCCCAUCCUGGGCAAGACCAGAUUCUCCACGGUUGGUGGACAGUCAGAAGUCGAGAGAAAACCGGAAGACCACUUUGGCCGAGUAUUGUCAGUCGCUCAUCAACCUGCCGGCUCACAUCUCCCGCUGCAAACAUUUGUCCAACUUCUUCAAGGUCCGACCCGAGGACGAAAACCCGCCUGCACCGUACACAAUGAAAAGAAACGAGACGUUUGUGGAGUCCAGGGAGCUCACAAGAGGCACCGCUUCUGAGAUUUCUGGCCCCAUAAUCCUGGACACCUACAGAGUGAUCGCAGACUUUGAAAAGACUUCUAAACAUGAGAUCAACCUGCACACCGGAGACCUCGUAGAAAUUGUGGAGAAAAAUCAGAAUGGUUGGUGGUUCUGUCAGUGCGAGUCCAAACGAGGAUGGGUUCCUUCCUCCUACCUGGAACCCCUUGAUGGACCGGAGGAGGCUGAGGAACCUGAACCGGACUAUGAAGGAGAGCUGCACGUCACCACCCAAGCAUACCAGGCGGAGCAGGAGGAUGAGAUUUCUCUGGAGGUUGGAGACACUGUGGAGGUCAUUCACAAACUGCUGGAUGGGUGGUGGGUCAUCAGAAAAGGAGAAGAGACUGGUCAUUACCCUUCAAUGUUCCUGCAGAUGUCCGACAAGAAAAAUCAAACAGGCAGGACAAACAUGCAAAGACAGAAACCUCCACCGCGCAGGUCCACCAUCAGAAAUGCCAAAAGCAUCCACAUCAAAUCCCGGCAGAAGCUCAGCCAAGACGCAUAUCGCAAAAACAGUCGGCGUUACCUGCAGCAGAAGGGCGUCCUCGCUCCACACAGGAGCUCUGCAAUGUCACCACUGAGGGAGAGGAAGAACGAGGACAACAUUCCAGAAGUGUCUGGAUCCAGCUCCGAGAGCGAGCUGAAGAAGGAAGCUCCGGUCAUCCCACCCCGGCCCAGUCCUGAGCUCAUCCUGGAGCGCUGCACUGACAACACCUGCAAGAAAAUUAGCAUUAAUGAGUCCCACUCUGGCUCCUCCAGCUAGCAUCAGGUUCAUCCAGGGAUGAGACAUUUCUCUUCAGUGGUGAAAGUCAGUGUGGUGAUCUGGUUGUAUUUCACCACAGCACCUAUAAUCUUUCUGACUGAAGAAAACUAUCCACAAGCAUUUAAUUUUAUAGUCUCUAGCAAACAGUCCUGUUGGGAAACAUUUUUUGAGGCAAACUUUCAAAGAAACUAUAGUUUCACACCUAACAAAACGUACUGACUGUGAUGUGCUGUAUCUGUUUUUCUAACCCAAAAAUGAUACAUUGAAUUCUACACCCCAUGGCCUCCUCCUAAUUUUAACUGGCCUAAAUAUAUUUUUAGAUUGCAUGAGUUAAUUAGGCCUCCUCUCAUUGGGACAGAAACAAACUCAGUCUUUUCAGAUUUACUCUCAACUCACUUUAUCUUUAUUUGCUUUUAUUCAGAAAGAAAUAAAGCUAAGAAAACAUGGGUCAGUAAAUGUUACUUCAUCUUCUCUGUUUGUGAGCUUUGUUUUUAUGUAUUUGGUCAAUAAAUUUAUGAAGCAAUGAAACAAA